AUGGCAGAGGGGGCCUGGGCGGAUGAGCUCCUAUUUUACUGCAUCCAGGCAGAUGGGACAGUCACGACAGACGUCAAGCUGGGGGACGUGCUCAUUUUUCGCCAUACUGGAGACUCUAAGCUUCCGAAGCAGGAGUCUCUGCGGGCACUUUUGACCACUCGCGAGAUAUACUCGCUUGUGACCCGGGAGACGUUCUUCCUCAUUAACAGUGGCUUCAGCCUGAUCAUCCUCGAGCAGAUCCCUAUGGUCAUCACUCGGAGUGACUGCUAUGUCGGUAUUCCUCCAAAGGACUCCAUGCCGCACGAGGGCCAGGCGCGAAUCUCUAACUUUGUGAGCCAGCUGGCAGCGGCCAUGCGCAACUAUGACGAGUGGGAGUUAGAUUGCUUGGGCUUUCUGCUCCAGUACACCUUGAAUGAGGUCAAGGACGCAUUUCGUCGCCUCACCAGGGACGCGUCCCGCAUGCUUCUGGCAGACUCAACAGGGUAUAAGACUCUCUUCGACCCUUGCUAUCAAAUCAAGUUAUGUCUGGACAGAUACAAAACGAUGUUGAUCAACUUAGCCCACGACGAUCAGGUCUCUCGUAUCUCCCUGAAAAACCAGGACUUCAUCCGUGCCAACACCCAGGGACAGUCACAAAUGUCAAAUUUACAGCUGCACGUCCGCACCAAUUCCACGCCCACGGGACUGCACCUGGGUAACAUGUCUUAUUCAUCAUCCACCCUUCUGAGGCCGGGGUCCCAGGCAAACAUUAAUAAUCAGGCAGACAUACACAUAAUUAAGAAAGCGACAUUUGACGACAUUGACGAUGAUGUACUUGAGAACCUGCCUGUCUCCGUGGAGAGGAUAGAGAAGAUCCUUGAGAUAUACAUAUUAGAAAGUGAAAUGCUACACAUAGAAGUGAUUCGAAUGCUCUCUGGCUUCAAUAUGCGCAUGCUCAUCAUCCAGUUGCGCCUAGACAGACGCCAGAACAGAAUCCUUUCAUAUAAAGUUUGGAUUGCAUUCAUAUCUGUGUCGAUUAAGCUGGCAGCUCUUCCCAGCGGAUUUCUGGGAAUGAAUCUACUGAACCCGUGGCUGUGUGAUAGCGACCCAAAGAGUGCCGGCCCAUUCUAUGUGCCAGAAAGCCUCAGUCCUUUCUAUAUCCUCUUUGCGAGCUCAGCAGCCAUAUUCCUCGCAUGCCUGGUAAGCCUGUGCCUUUCGUACAUCGGUCUGCGACGGUCCCUCAAGACCUCUUUAGUUUCCAAGCUAUUGUAA